UUAUAUAAUCACAGAAGUUUUGACACUAUAUUAUCUUUUGAAUUUGACCUGAUAUCUUCGAAAAAUUAUUUUUUAUUUUAUUCUUUUUAUCACGUUAUAUAUCUUCAAUUUAGUAUGAGACUCGUUUCGAUAUGUACGACAUCUACCGGAUAUAUUAAAGAAUUACUUCAUGAUUGUAUAUGAAACUGUGAUCAUUUACAAAAACUUGUUUAACCAAGUAUGAAUAAAGUAUCAAUCAUGAAUUUUGCAAUCGGUAUAUAGUCAACUGAUAAUGAAAUGCAAGCAAGAAAAUCUCUUGAAUUAACACUAGCUAUACUUAAACCACAUGUUGUUAAAUGCCCUUUCGUGCUUCAGGACUUGCACUUUUCAGAAAAUUCGUGACUUGAUAAUCGAAAAUAAUUUCAAAAUUGUUAGAACGCGCAGAACUAUCUUGACGACUGAAGAAGCAGCAUUGUUUUACUUUGAUCACAAAGAUAAGUUCUUUUACAAUCGUCUGUUAACUUUUAUGUGUAGUGGCCCAUCAGAUAUUCAUAUAUUAGCUGGUCAUGAUGCUAUUGUACGAUGGAGAGGAUUGAUGGGUCCUACUAAAACAUAUCAAGCUCAAUAUAUAGCACCAAAUAGUAUUCGAGGUAUGUUUGGUCUUUCGGACACUAGGAAUGCAACUCAUGGGUCGGAUUCUCCAGAAGCUGUGAAACGAGAAAUAGCAAUAUUUUUUGAAGACUUUGAUAUGAAACAGUGGUAUGAAAGAGAAGAAAUAUUUUAUAACUUAGAAAAACUACAAUUUGAUCCAAUAUCUUUUGUACAUAUUAUUGACAAAAGUUCUUUAGUUCCUACUAAAUGAUAAAACAUAAGAAGGGAAACAUGCAAAAUAGCUUUGCUAACAAGUAACGAAUUAAAUAAAAUCUAGUUAAAUGAAUUUAUAAAAUAAAAAUAUAACAGAGUCAUAAAUUAGAAUAGAUAUGUUGUAUAAUGUUAAAACAUGAGUAUAUAUUUUUUGGAAAAAUACAUAUAAUAUAUAUUUCAUUGUCA